AUGUUCAGCACGUCUUUUUCCGAAGGACAGCGACUGCUCGUCGAAGAUUGCCCUGUGGUAGAACUAGGAGACGACGAUCCCGAGCUCAUGGGGCUGAUACUCCGGAUCCUUCACUAUCAGGGCAGCCCUGCAGAUUACGAGACGGAAGCCGAAGCAUUGGCGCAGCUCUCUAUUCACUGCGACAAAACAAAGGACGACUCGGCCCAGGCACUGAGGUUCCAGAUCCUCGCUGCCUAUAUCUUCGGCAACUCGCUCGGAUUCAGAAACAAAUCGCGGACCGCCACCCUGCAGCUAACACCAUCGUCCGUGGCAGUGUGGGAAGAGGAAAAAUUAUUCGCAAUACUGCCGUCAAGCGUCACGGUAUCCAUGACUAAGCGCAUUCAGCGGGUGUUGGACGAACUCGAAACCGUAGUGCAAAACAUGGAGCUGGCUCUGCGUCAAGACACGAAGGUCUAUGACACCUCGCAGCUCCUGUGUAUUGUCUGUGGCCGCAGCCUUCCCAACGGGGCAAAGAAGUGUCAUUCUUGUCACAACACAGACCUCCAGGGGAGGCUUUGUACGCACGGAACGAGGGUGGCUGAAUACUUUGAUAUCCUGCGCAAGACAGAGUUAUGGCUGACAGUAACCUCAUUCACAGAAUGUUCCGUAUUCGACGUCUCGUCGCGUGUCGCCCGUGCUAGAAAAGGCGCGAAACACAUUUGCGAAGCGAACAACUUCUGUCCGUUACUUACGACCUUAGAUCUGAUGAUCACCAAAGCCAGUGAAGCUCAAGACUGA